UUCUCUGCGGUUGCCUACAAUACAAUUCGCUCAUUUCAAACACCUUGACCACCGUCAACUAUCUCUCUUCUUCGAUCAGUCUGUACUCUCUUUUUUCUCUCUUCAAUGGCCGACUCCACCACCAAGGCGACAACAUCGGAGACCAAAUCGACUGAGGUCAAGCGCUCAUGGGGCGAUGAAGCUGAAGAAGCCACCACCACCACCAAGGCGACAACAUCGGGGAACAAAUCGACUGAGGUCAAGCGCUCAUGGGGCGAUGAAGCUGAAGAAGCCACCACCACCACCAAGGCGACAACAUCGGGGAACAAAUCGACUGAGGUCAAGCGCUCAUGGGGCGAUGAAGCUGAAGAAGCCACCACCACCACCAAGGCGACAACAUCGGGGAACAAAUCGACUGAGGUCAAGCGCUCAUGGGGCGAUGAAGCUGAAGAAGCCACCACCACCACCAAGGCGACAACAUCGGGGAACAAAUCGACUGAGGUCAAGCGCUCAUGGGGCGAUGAAGCUGAAGAAGCCACCGACGAAGCUGAAAAUUUAUCGCUGGCCGAGGAAAAAUUAUCUUCUGAAGUCCAAAUUGAUUCUUUAGCCAUCGACGAAUCGAAGAAAAUCAAUAAAUUUCUCAAUGAUCCAGAAGAUACCAGUAUCGAAACCGUUAGUUCUGAUGGUACUAUAUAUUCGUCGGCGAAAAGCUUCGAGGAGUUGAACUUGUCUCCGGAAUUGUUGAGGGGAUUAUAUGUAGAGAUGAAAUUUGAGAGGCCGAGUAAGAUCCAAGCUGUUAGUUUACCCAUGAUAUUGACUCAUCCGUACAAGAAUAUGAUAGCUCAGGCACACAAUGGGUCUGGUAAGACCACUUGUUUCACGCUUGGUAUGUUGAGUCGGGUCGAUCCCAAAUUCCAGGCUCCUCAGGCUCUUUGUAUUUGCCCUACAAGAGAACUGGCUAUUCAGAAUGUGCAAGUUCUUCAGAAGAUGGGGAAGUACACAGGGAUAACAACUGAAUGCGCUGUGCCAACGGAUACCGCUAAUUAUUUGCCCAUUUCGAAGCGAGCGCCUAUCACUGCUCAGGUAGUGAUCGGCACACCUGGUACGAUCAAUAGGUGGGUUACAGCGAGGAAAUUGGGCUUGAGUUCAAUGAAGAUUCUUGUGUUUGAUGAGGCAGAUCACAUGUUGGCGGAGAGUGGCUUUAAAGACGACUCAGAGAGGAUAAUGAAGGCAAUUGUUAGGUGCAAUCCUGACUGCCAGGUGCUCCUGUUUUCUGCCACUUUUGAUGAUGCUGUCAGGGCCUUUGUGACGAAGACCGUUAAAGAACUCUUUUUAAAAGAUUACAAUGAAAUAAAAGUGAACAAAGAAGAAUUGUCACUGGAGUCUGUGAAGCAAUAUAAGGUCAAAUGUCCUGAUGAACUUGCAAAGAUUUUGGUGAUUAAAGACAAAAUUAUGGAACUAGGACAGAAGUUGGGGCAAACAAUUAUAUUUGUUCGCACAAGAAAUAGCGCAAGUAUGUUGCAUAAAGCGCUUGUUGACUAUGGGUAUGAGGUUACAACUAUUCAAGGUGCUCUUAAGCAAGAAGAUAGGGACAAGAUUGUGAAGGAGUUCAAAGAUGGACUGACCCAAGUUCUUAUAUCAACUGAUGUCCUCUCCCGGGGUUUUGAUCAAUCACAGGUGAAUUUGGUCGUGAAUUAUGACCUUCCGGUUAAAUACAAUAAUCCUUCAGAACCUGAUUAUGAGGUAUACUUGCACCGGGUUGGUAGGGCAGGGCGAUUUGGUCGCAAAGGAGCUGUAUUUAACUUGCUGUGCGGUGAUAGAGACGUCAUGAUUAUGGCCAAGAUUGAGAAGUAUUACAACUCCCAAGUAGAUGAGGUGCCCUCAUGGAGGAGUGACGAAGAUUUUGAAGCUGCUCUUAAGAAAGCUGGCUUGCUGUGAUUUAAAUGUGACACACAAACUGUGACAAUGCCAGGCGGGUUUGCUUAAUUAUUCUAUUGCGGUCUCCAAGCUUGUUAGCGUGACAUAUGUAUGGAUAAAGCAGUUACAUUAUCCUGGAAGAGCUUCAAGAGGAAGGACACUGUUUCAAUGGUACACUUGAUAAAAGAUCGGUGGCAUUAGGUCCUUCAGUUGUCACAUCUCUAUCAAUGCUAUGCUCUCACUUAUUUUGUGUGCACGUGAGGCAGUGGAUACUUAAGUUUGUGGUGGCUUUAAUUCUGUACUUAAUGGACGGGGUUGUUUCAAGAGUCAUUCUUUGAUAUAAUUGCUAGCAAUGUUCUUGCUUCCAUGUUUUGAAAGUUAUGUUUGCAUUUAACUGAGAGAAGAAAAAGAAAAAGGCAGUUUAUUUGUAGUUUUUGGGGUGUGAUUUCAGAUGUAUGUAUAGGUCCAGACUUUGUAUUUAAUGAAUUAUUCUUUUCGUGUGCUAACGAGGAGGUAAACUGCCUUCUUACAGGACCCAAGUAAUCCUCCUUUGAACUGAUGAGUAUAUUUGCUGCAUUUAAGUGUUC